AUAGGUGGAGCUUCACACACACACACACACACACACACACACACACACGAAAGGAGCCAGAGAGAGGACCCAGACCUGGGGGCAGCAUCUACAGGCCGAGAGGGGCUCCCAGAGGGUCCCGGGACCAAACACUACUGACCAUGCUGCCCUGCCUCCCCCUGCUUCUCAUGAUGGGGCUGCCUGCAUGCACUGGGACAGUUGACGAGAAACUGGCACUCGGAGCUGAAGCAGGGUCCUGGGUAACCGUGACCCUGGAGGAGGACGGUGUCGUCCCCCACAUUCAGCUCACGCUUCAGGAGGUGAAAAGGGGCAAAACGAGCCAGUUCUUUGGGCUGAUGGGGAAGCGGGUGGAAGGAAUACCUCCUAUCCAGCCAGAGAGAAGAACAGCUCCACCCCCAGGGCACCCACCAGCAGGCACAAAGAGCGUGAGGCCUCCUGGGCAGGGCAGGACCCUCUAGAGAAGGCAGAACCCUUCCCAGGCAGAGAGGACAAGGACCACGGGUCAGAGUGAGAGCGCCCACCGCACACUUCCCAGGGGCCGAAACCCCGUCUCCUUACCUGGACGUUCCAGCUGACAGCGGCCAGGCCAACGCGCUUCUCCGUGCGUCUCCCGCGCCCCGACGCUGCCGUGUCCCAGCCGGCUCACUGAACUCACUGCGGUUCCUUCCAGGACUCUUCAGUGUUAGGCAAUGGUGACGCAUAAAGGCACUGUUGUCUCAGUCGUGAGCUGGGGCUGACCCUGCCCUCCCUCGGCUCUCAGCCCCCAUCUGGCGACUAAGCAAGGGCCGAGUGCUACCUGCUUCCACGUCUCCUGUGCCUGGAACACAGUAGGGGCUCAAUAAACGGA